GUUCAGCCUAGGGGGACGGGAUAGGUGCCUUAAGCCCCCGGCAUUUCCUCCAGCCGGAAUCAAGCCAAGGAGUCAUUGCUGAAGCAGCACUCCGAUUGCCCCCUCACUUGCCCCAUUCUUUUCUUCUUGUAAUGAAUUCUUAGGGCAGGCUUUGAUAUGUGCCGAUUGCUGUCUGAUAAGACUGUCUUUGGGCUUUGCCUUUUCCCUCUCAGUGUGCUGAUACACCACCAGGGCCCUUGGGAUGAAUCAGUCACCAGACCAGAUAAACAAGCCCUUCUGCUGCUGGUGCCUCAUCAGCACCCAAGAAGGGAACCUCCCUUGGAUCUCACCCAGGCCCUGGAAUUCCUCAGCACCAGACUAGGUACCUUUGGACCCCUGCCCCCACGGGGCCUGGAUCUUACUCUGCUCUCCUCUCCCCGCCCUACGCCAGGCGGAGCCAGCUGCCAAAGCGGCAAGACUUCACACACAGCCCAGCCUCCUUGCAGGGUCCAGAGCCGAGGUCCAAAGGGGCCCUGGGGGGACCCAAUGAAGAUACUACUGACCAUCUUAGCUGUGGGAACCCUAACCGCUCACACUGCAGAGGACACACCUAGUCUCCUUCAAUACGUGAAAUUCCAGUCCAGCAACUUUGAAAACAUCUUGAUGUGGGACAGUGGACCAGCUAGCACCCCGGACAUGGUCUACAGCGUGUUGUAUAAGAGGUACGGAGAGACAAAGUGGCUGGCCAAGGCAGGCUGUCAGCGGACCAAGCAGAAGUCCUGCAACCUGACUAUGGAGACAGGCAACUUCACCGAAUUUUACUAUGCCAAUGUCACGGUUUUCAUCUCAGGAGUUCAAAAAGACUCCAAGAGAAGUGAACGUUUCAACUCACUGCAAUACACUACCAUCAAACCACCGGCUGUGACCUGUAUCCCCAAAGUGCGGUCCAUCCAGAUGCUAAUCCACCCCACAUUCACACCCGUCCUCUCGGAAGAUGGCCACCAGCUAACUCUGGAGGAGAUUUUCCAGGACCUGUUCUACCGCUUAGAACUCCAUGUCAACCACACCUACCUAAUGCACCUUGAAGGCAAACAGAGAGAAUAUGAGUUCCUGGGUCUGACCCCCGACACACAGUUCCUCGGGUACAUCACAAUUCUGGCUCCAAUGUGGUCCAAGGAGAGCGCCCCCUAUGUGUGCCAAGUGAGGACGCUGCCUGACCGGACGUGGGCCUACUCCUUCUCAGGUGCUGUGCUGUUCUCCAUGGGCUUCUUCGUCGGCUUGCUCUGCUAUCUAGGCUACAAAUACAUCACCAAGCCCCCUGCACCUCCUAAUUCUCUGAAUGUCCAGCGUGUCCUGUCCUUCCAGCCGCUACGCUUCAUCCAGGAGCGUGUUCUGAUCCCUGUCUUGGACCUCAGUGGCCCCAGCAGUCUGGCUCAGCCCAUCCAGUACUCCCAGGUGGUGGUCUCUGGGCCCAGGGAGCCACCUGGAGCUGCACAGCGGCACAGCCUGCCUGAGGUCACCUACAUAGGGCAGUCAGAUGUCUCCAUCCUCCGGCCCACCAAAGCACCACCUCAGCAGACAUUGUCCCCACCAUCCUAUGCCCCAAAGGCUGUCCCUGAGGUCCAGCCCCCUUCCUAUGCACCUCAGGUAGCCUCUGAUGCCAAAACUCUAGUCUACUCACCACAGCAGGUGAUGAAGACCCAUCCUUCCACCCACACCGGGCAAGGCAUUCUGGACAGCUGGCCUGCGUCCUACGCUGUGUGUGGGGAGGACACUGGCAAAGACUCCACUCCUGAGCGCCUCUCCAGUCCCAAACACCCCGUGCCAAAGGGUCAGCCUCAGGAAGACACUCUUGCUGGAAGCUGUCUCCCAGGGGACUUUUCUCUGCAGGGAGUCACCUCCUUGGCUCAGGAGGAGAUAAAAAGACCAAAGUCACUCCCCCUACCUCUGGAAUUUUGCACAGACAGAGGGCCUGACCUUCAUGCACUGCACAGCAGAGCGCCAGAGACACCACGGUACCUGAAGGGGGCGCUCUCCCUCCUGUCCUCUGUCCAGAUCGAGGGCCACCCUGUCUCCCUCCCUUUGCACACCCACUCCCUCUCAUGUUCCCCCUCCAACCAGGAACCAAGUCCCUGGGGCCUGCUGGACUCCCUCGUGUGCCCCAAGGACGAGGGUCCAGGGACUGAGGCUGAGGCCAUGAGCCACAGUGUUGCAGCCUCCGAGCUGGAACAGUCCACAGAACUGGACUCUCUUUUCAAAGGCUUGGCCCUGACUGUGCAGUGGGAAUCCUGAAGGAAGAUCAGAGCAAGCAGGCCUGAGCUUCCUCCUGCCCAACCUGGCUGACAACCCCACACCCACUAGGCCACAAACUCCUGAAGGCCAGCUCCAGGUGGGUGCCCUGGCGAGAACCAGCGAAAGGGAGAUUUGGGGCCCAAGUGGGGAUCCAAGCGUACGGUGAGGGCUCUAGCGGAGAAGUGGCAUGUGCAAAUGGCCUGUGCCACAGAGCCAGGCAGGUAGGACAGACGGAGUGGGGUAAUGCAGGGAAACCUCCUGGAGACCCACCCCACUCUACCCCUCAGCUCCUAGGACAUGGGGCUAGAGGCUGCCUAUCUUCACUUGCUUCCUGGCCAGCUCCCUAAUGUAGUUUAACUAAAAGUGAGGCAUCCGCCUUCUCUGAAGGAGCUCAGAUUGGAAGCGAGGAGACCCAGCCUAACAGGCACUCUGCCAAGGCCGGAGGCAGCACCAUGGCAAAACUUCAGGGCAGAGUGUGGCUCGGGGCUCACUCCCUGCCAGAAGCCCCUUCUUUGCUCUUCUGUGGGAGGCGUCACCCUGGAAUAGCCUGUUAGACCGUCAUAAGGUGAGGGGUGUGCUGCACAGAACUUUUCUGCAGGCAGGGGUCCAGAAAAAAAGCAUUUCAACGGGGCGUGGGACCGUGAACCCAAAGACUUUGGAGCCUCAGCAUGUCCGGGCUCAUAUUCCGGCCUCUCCACAUGUCUGUCGUCUGCAUGACAUCAAACAAGUGAAUUAGCUAGCUCAGACCUCAGCUCCUUCAUCAAUGAAACAGGGAUCAUCACACUGGUCUUAGGAGGUGGUACCAAAGAUGACAUUAAUGUCUGGGAGGUGCUUUGUGGCAGGGUCCAAUACCCGGCCACCGUCUUCCACUGUGAGGGUCUUUUGUUUUGUUUGUUUUUAAGUCUGAAAACACAAGGAGGGCCUCCUUCCUUGCGUGUUGGCUCAUGGGUGUUUUCUCCUGGGACAGAGACUGUUGCAGGCAAGGACUGAGCUAUCUAGGGCAGACAGGAGGAGUCUCUACAGGGCUUUCUGGAAACAGGCCCAGAGGCAACACAUGGCAGGGAGCCUUCUCUUUGAGACUGUGGGUGGAAGCUGUUUGGACAGAGGCCAUCUCACAGGGCCUUCUUGGCGUGGAGGAAGCCCCAGGCCUCUGUCUGCCCCAUCUCGUGACACAGUGGCAGUUCUAUACCACCCUGGCCCCCUGACCCCGUGCCUGUACCCAGGAAGAGGAAGCAUCCUUUACUCUCCGCUGUCAGGAAGCCAUGCCCAUUAUACCACUCCCAUCUCAGAUGGGCCUUACAGGAGGAAGCUGAGGCCCAGGCCUAUCCAAAGGCCUGCCGUGGAGCCCACCCUCACAUGCAGGGUCUUUUGUGUCAAGAGUGGAUGCUCUCUGCCCUGUUGAAAUUCUGGGGGGGCUGAGUCUGGCCGAACACAGAAAAGGAAGGGCCCCUAAAGGGCUCCUGAGAGAUAAGUGCCCUCCUCAUCACCUUCUUGUCCCAAAUUCCUGAGACACAGCACCACACUCCAUCUGCGUCAUCGUGGCCUUCCAGAAGUACACCGGGCCCUUCCGCUGUGCUCACCUGUGUUUCCCCCUUUUUUCCCCACUUCACCCCCUUAAUGACACAUAGUGACAGGUGGGGCGCUUAUCUAUAUAUCAUUAAUAUUUAACCUCCCUCUAAGGUCAUUGACCCAGUAUCUCCGGCCAAAGGUUAACUGCCUUCACUUUGUUUAAGAGUGAAAAGUCAUCGAAUGAUAGGCCUGUUCUUACUCGGUCAGUGCAACCAGAGCUGCAGAGACGCUUUUAUGGAAGGCCAUAAACUGGCUGCCAGCUCCCAGAACUAUGUGUGUAGCAACCAUAACAGAAAUGAGGGAGAAACAGGAGUGUCUAAGGAGGAGCCCAUGGCCCCCCUCUGAGGGCCCCUCUGAGGGAUCACUACACACGCUCCUCCCCUGGCAUCCCAGGUCGAUAGCUGGCCUGGAUCCUGCUAGAAGGCAGGCUGUCAAAGUUUCACAGUGUCUCAGGUGAGCCUAGCUUUUCUGAGAGCCCUACCCUACCCCAUAACCUGGAAAGUCUUCAGCUCUGCCUGUGGUGCCCUGUCCCACCCAGAGAAAGGUGAGUCUCCGAGUCGCCUGCCUAACAAGGAAUGGCAGAACCAGGAGUACAAGACUAGUGACCACAGCAUUCCCCCAACCUUAUCCUCUGGGGACAAGUGGAGACCCCAGACCCCUGUCCAGCUGGAACCCACAAGCUGCAUGCAGCCAAGGAAAGCCGUGACUGCAUCCCAACACGAAAUGGUAAACUUACUUAAAACAUCAUGACAUGUUUCUGUCUCUUUUUUUUUUUUGGAAUGUAGUUGCCUGGUUUUGCAAGUAUGAAGAUAACAGUGUCAUAUCCAGAGGAUGCUUGAAACCACAGGAGCUUCCAAAUCCUGCAGAUGCUCUGGUGUGUUACAUGCCUGUGAUAAAUCUUAAUUUGUAAAUUAGGCACCUGAAGAGACACCAAACCACAGAAUAGAAUGGCAGCUGUAGGAAGCACAGUAAAAGUUACUUGAACACAAUACUUAGUUACCAAUAGCCAGUCUGACUGAGCGAUGGGUGUGUAGCAUAUAGAGAGUGGAUACACCAGAUCACAGGAUAGUGCCCAUCUAUGGCCAGAUGGAAGAGGAUGGCAUGACAUCUUAUCAUGUCAAUUGGAAUAAGGGGCCACAUAAAACUUAUAGAUUAUGGGGCUCAGUGGCUAAGAGCACUGGCUGCUCGUUCAGAGGACCCAGGCCUGAUUCCCAUCACCCACAAGGUGGCUCACAACUGUCUGUAACUCCUGUCUCAGGGGAUCUAGCCCCCUCCCCUGACCUCUGGAGCACAGACAUGCAUGUAGGCAAAACAUCCAUACACAUAAAAUAAAAACGAAAGAGGGGGAGAUGUUUUAAACUUAUGAAUUAUUUCUGGAAAUUUCCAUGUAAUAUUGUUGACUAAAGGUAACUGAAACCAGGAAAAGCAAAAGCGUGGAUGAGGAGAACUCACUGUAGCAGCUGUGGUGAGAGGGAGAAAGGGCCCGGCCUGUCACUUAGUGGAUUUCCGUCUCCACCGUCUAUCCUCCUGCUAAUCUUCCUUCCGUGAUGCACUGCGGUACCCAUCCUUCCCAAGGAGGAAAAUGUGGCUCAGAGAAGUGAGUUUUCCUCGUCUCAAAACUUGGGACUGAGAGUUAGGGACCUAGAUAACUCAGCAGGUAAGAACAUUUGCUGCACAAUCCUGAGAGCCUGAGUUCAAAUCCCCAGCACCCAUGGGGAAAAAAAGGAGUGGACCGGUAACCCAGCCUCGGGAGAGGGAAGCAGAAAAGGACCCCUGGGGCUUGCCAGCUGCUAGCCCAGCUCCAGGUUCAAGGACAGACUCUAUCUGAAGGGAGUAAACAGCCAGUGACAGGGCAGGAUGGUUGAUGUUAUCCUCUGUGUUCUGCACACAUGUGGGCAGGGCACACUCACCCACAUGUGUGCAUUCACCACAUACCACACUCACAUUCACACACUCACCCACAUGUGUGCAUUCACCACAUACCACACUCACAUUCACACACUCACCCACAUGAGUGCAUUCACCACAUACCACACUCACAUUCACACACUCACCCACAUGAGUGCAUUCACCACAUACCACACUCACAUUCACACACUCACCCACAUGUGUGCGGGCCUGGCGGUGGUGGCGCACGCCUUUAAUCCCAGCACUCGGGAGGCAGAGCCAGGCGGAUCUCUGUGAGUUCGAGGCCAGCCUGGGCUACCAAGUGAGUUCCAGGAAAGGCGCAAAGCUACACAGAGAAACCCUGUCUCGAAAAACCAAAAAAACAAAACAAAACAAAAAAAAACCCGCAUGUGUGCAUUCACCACAUACCACACUCACAUUCACACACUCACCCACAUGUGUGCAUUCACCACAUACCACACUCACAUUCACACACUCACCCACAUGAGUGCAUUCACCACAUACCACACUCACAUUCACACACUCACCCACAUGUGUGCAUUCACCACAUACCACACUCACAUUCACACACUCACCCACAUGUGUGCAUUCACCACAUACCACACUCACAUUCACACACUCACCCACAUGUGUGCAUUCACCACAUACCACACUCACAUUCACACACACACUGUGCCAACAACAACAAAACUUGGGGAUUCAGCUCAGUCGGUAGCAUGCUUACUUAACAUUCACAAACGCCCUAGCACCGGCACAUACCUGUGACCCCGGCAUGUAGGGGAAGAGGCAGGAGGAUCAGAAGUUCGAUGCUGAUUGGGUGUGAUGGCUUCCACCUUUAAUCCCAGCACUCAGGAGGCCGAGGCAGGCAGAUCUCUAUGAAUUAAAGGCUAGCCUGGUCUACAUGGUGAGACACUGUCUCAAAAAGAGGAGGAGGAAGAAGAAAAGUUGUUCAAGGCCAUCCUCAGCUACGUAGUAGGUUUGAGGCCAGCCUGGUCUACAUGAAACCUUGUCUCAAAAAAGAGAAAGAGGAAAUUUUUCUUUGGCUCAUGGAUUCUGAAAAAAUGUUCUGUCAUGGCGGGGAGCGUGUGCUGGAGGCAACAGCAGCUCCUUCUCUCGUGGUGGGAAUGAGGUGACCACAGACGCCCAGGCCUUGUUGAAUCGGGAAGCACAGAGCUCAAGGCAGCGAGGAAGAGGAUAUAUGCCCCCUCUAAGAGACCCACUUAUGCUAGCUAGAUCCCAUGCCCCCCAAAACAGCACCACCAGAUGGGGACCUGGCAUCCAGACGCAUGGGCCUAUGGGAGGCAUUUAGGCUCAAAUUUUGACAGGAGUUCAUUGAAAAUAUAAUUUCCCAAUAUUGCUCUGGGAGAGAGAGACAGACAGAUGGACAGACACAGACAGAUGACAGAGAGACAAAGAAUACACGUUUUGUUGUCAGUAUUUGGGACAGAGUCUUGCUAUGUAACCCCAGUUGGCCUGUCUUUCAUUAUGUAAUCAGGCCGGCUUUGAACCCAUGGCAGCCCUCAUGAACUCAUGGCCUGUGUCUCCCAAGAACUGGGAUUACAGGUGUGCAGUACCGUGCCAGGCUUAAGAAUGUGUGUGUUCAUCAAAAGCCUUCAGACCAACUUCAAAAACAUUG